GGUCCCCUCAGGUCUGACCUCUCUUCAGCCGCAGAUCUCUUCACUAAAGUCAGACUUUCCAAGAUGUGAAAGCCCUGAUACACAAAUACAGAUGCUGGAAGAACAUUUGACCCGUAAAACCUCCACCCCAACACAUGAUAAGUCUGUCUUUCCUCACGACAUCGAUGCCUCUGCCAUCCAGUCCGUCUCCACCAUGUCCAUCAACAUGAGCACCGUUGGGGGUGAUGGGAGUCAUUCUGACAACCGAGCAGAGUUUGAUUCUGGUAAAAAACCUGCCGCUAAGUCGAGUUCAUCAUCGAGAGUGAAUGUGGCGAACACUGCCAGCACACCUUUAGCAAAGUCUCUUGAACUUGACAUGGCCUACACCAAGUACCUGCAGUGGGUAUUUUUAAAUGGCAAGGCUAAGCAAUUUUAUGAGGACGAAGAAGCCUUGGCCACUGCCCAAAUACAUGGUCUUUGGAAGCUGUUGGAAUCCAAGAGGGAAGAAGGUGCAGCUCUGGACCUGGAUGUAGAUAUGCUUAAAAAGUACAAUCGACUUGAUGAAGUUCUAGAGAAAACUGAAAGUGAACUCGAAUCUCUGACAGCUGUACUGCCUCAACUGGAGGAAGAUUACUCACACCUCAGUGCCGCGUUGGAUACAACUAGACACCAGAUCCCGGUCGAGGACAUUUUCCUACCUCAGGAUGGUGUGGAGCGUGACAUCUAUGAGGAAAAGCUUGAAAAUGCCUUGAAGGAAUCUGAACAGCUUCUGGCGGAGAUCAGCACAAUCACUGGGGUCAAGUUGGAGCCGUUACAGCACUACCAGAACUACAUGGAGGCCAUUGAUGCCAAUCUCUCUAGUACGAACGAUGAAAUUGGAGCUUGCGAGGUAGAUUUGGAUGUGGUCCAAGGAUUGACCACCAGGUUGACUUCUUUAAUAGUUCAAGAUAUGCAGAGCAAGUAAUGAUAAAAGAUUUGUAUUCAACCUGUAAACUUUUGGUUUUUAGUUUGGUCGUACUCC